AUUGGAAUAACUUCCAUAUCUCAUCAUCACACCUGUGAUUGGGGGAUCGGAUUCAUAUGGCACAUAAUCUCGAUUGUCGCAGUUUUGGCAAGUAGAAGCGCUCAUUUAAUUAGAAUUAUAAAGUUUUCCUCCGUUGUGUUCUAAAGAAAUAAUACAGAAAUCUUCUCAAUUCUCUCCCUUUCUCUCUGACAUUGUUCAGACCCCCCCAAAAAAAAAAAACCCAAAAAAAAAAAACUAGAAUUGAGUAACCAAAUGUCUCAAAUAGAGACGGACGUCGACGGAGGAUGGAGAGGCAAGCCGUCGUUUAUGACGUGGACAGCGCGCGACGUCGUCUACGUGACGAGACACCAUUGGAUACCGUGUUUGUUCGUCGUCGGAUUUUUGUUCGUCUUGUGCUUGGAGUCCACGACCCAGAUGGUCCCCGCGAGUUCUCCGCCGUUGGAUCUAGGGUUUGUGGCCACGCGCUCUUUGCAUCGCGUCUUGGCUUCUUCACCGGAUCUUAACACCGUUUUGACCGCUCUAAACUCGGUGUUAGGAGUGAUGCAGAUAACGUAUAUUGUUGUAUGGGCAUGGUUAUUGGAAGGACGACCACGGGCCACCAUCACGGCUUUAUUCACGUUCACUUGUCGCGGCGUUCUCGGCUACUUUACUCAGCUCCCUCUUUCACAGGAGUAUGUAGGGUCAGCAAUCGAUUUCCCGGUAGGAAACAUCUCGUUCUUCUUCUUCUUCUCGGGCCACGUCGCCGGCACGACCAUCGCAUCUUUGGACAUGAGGAGAAUGCAGAGGCUGAGACUUGCAAUGGUUUUUGACAUCCUCAAUGUAUUACAAUCGAUCAGGCUGCUCGGGACAAGAGGACACUACACGAUCGAUCUAGUGGUUGGAGUCGGCGCCGCCAUUUUCUUUGACUCAUUGGCCGGCAAGUACGAAGCCAUGAUGAAAAAGAGACAGUUAUAGGCACUAGUUUGGGCUUUAUUGAUUUCCAAAGACUAGUAAAUUAAAAAAAAAAAUCCCUUAAAAUGUUUAGUUAUUGACUUAUUGGUUCGCCAACGUUCAGAUUUUAGUUAAUAUCUGUUAAGAUUGGGUUAGUUAUUUCCUGCGUUUUCAAAGUUGUUCAUACACUGCCUCGAGUGUUGAGAAGCAAC